AUGAUGCUUCCUUUGAACACUGCAGAAAUGCAUCUUGCCAAUGCUAGGCAAGAUAAGAUUGAAGACAUUACUGAUGAUGAUGUACCCAGUACCUCUGGUAGACAGCUUACAGAGCACUAUGGUGAAUCCCCCUUGCCUGCUUAUGAACCUGUAUUUGACUGGGAAAAGGAGAGGUCAAUCAUAUUUGGACAAAGAAUUCUAGAAUCUAAUAUGCCACAGUCUUCGAGGUUUAGACUUAUAUCAUUUGGUUUAAUGCAUCCAAGUUUUGGCUUUACUUAUACCCAGCCGUUUUAUGGCACUAUAUCAUCGUAUAAUAAAGAGAGAAGAGAAAAGCUCUCAGAGGACUUCAUUUUUCGUGUUCUGCCUUCUGAAAUGCAAGAUGUCCAUCUUACUGAAAGAGAGAAGCAAAAACUACAAGUUUGGUCUCGAGAGGCCUUUUCAUGGGCAAUCAUCCCACUAUUUGAUAGCAACACUGGUUCAACAUCUAAUGGAGACCUGCUUCUCCAAGUAGCCCACUUGCUCAUAGUCUUUCAGGAGUUAAUUUGCAGGAGGGCUGUCAAGUCGGCUACUCAAGUGGAAUUUCUGUUGUGGUUGAAGUUUAACCUAAAUAAAGUUAAAGAGAGCUACACUGAAGAUUCUCUCCAGGAUCCCAAAAGGAAGGUUCAUAAGCCUGUGAAAGGUGUCUUAAGGUUGGAAAUAGAAAAACUUCAAGCUGCUUAUAACACCGAAUAUGACAACGCUUCAGAGAGUGGCAGUAUAGCCAAUGAAGUUGACCAUGGGGGUCAACUAACUGAUUCCACAGUCAACGAAUGGCGCAACAUACAUUCAAAUAGACAUAAAGAACAAACCUUAAACGGAUCAAAUUCAACAGGACUUGUGGAUUUGACUGUUAAUGAUGUUCAAGCUUUUGACUUCCAUACAACAAUAAGAUACGAGCCUUUCUUACAGCUUUUCCAUUGUCUUUAUGUCUACCCAUUGACUGUCAGUUUAAGUCGAAGGAACUUGUUCAUACGAAUUGAACUUCGAAAAGAUGAUGCGGAUGCUCGAAAACAGUCACUAGAGUUAAGAUCCGAGAUCUCUCUACCAAUUACGAAAGAGUGGGUCCCACACUAUCUUCAAGAUACUGGCCAGGAGAGGCUGGAUUACCUGGAAGAUGGGAAAAAUGUGUUCGGAUUACGGUUACGCCUUUGUUCAUCAUUGUACCCUAUUAGUGAACGUAUUCGCGAUUUUUUCCUUGAAUAUGAUAGACAUACUCUUCGUACAAGCCCACCUUGGGGUUCUAAACUCCUUGAGGCAAUCAACAGUUUGAAAAAUGUUGACUCAACUGCUCUGCUACAAUUUCUUCAUCCAAUAUUGAAUAUGCUUCUACAUUUUAUUGGCAAUGGUGGAGAAACCCUCCAGGUUGCUUCUUUCAGAGCUAUGGUUAAUAUUUUGACAAGAGCGCAGCAAGAGUCUGUUGAUGAAGCUGAAAGAAAUGCCAAAGGCUACCGGGUGGGACCAGUGUAUGAUGAUGUGCUAUCCAUGGCUUGGUUUUUCCUUGAAUUGAUUGUGAAGUCAAUGACACUAGAGCAGACUCGACUGUUGUACCACAAUCUGUCACUAGGUGAAGAUAUCCCACCGAUACAGUUGAAAGAAGAAGCUUUGGCUCAAGCACCAUCUUCUAGAAUUGGAGCUUCAACACAAGCACUGAGAGAAUCUCUGCAUCCAGUUUUGAGGCAAAAACUUGAACUUUGGGAAGAAAACCUUAGUGCUGCCAUUAGUCUCCAAAUACUGGAAAUAACAGAGAAAUUCUCCAAAGCUGCUGCAUCACAUAGUAUUGCAACUGAUUAUGGAAAGUUGGAUUGCAUGACAUCCAUAUUCACCAGUAUCUUCUCCCGAAGUCAACCACUAGCAUUCUGGAAAUCCCUAUUCCCAGUAUUCAACAAUGUGUUUCAGCUUCAUGGGGAAACACUAAUGGCAAGGGAAAACAAUCGUUUCUUAAAGCAAAUUGCUUUCCAUCUUCUCAGGCUUGCUGUUUUCUGCAAUGAAAAUAUCAGAAAAAGAGCUGUCAUAGGGUUACAGAUCCUUGUGAGGAGCUCUUUCUCACACUUUACACAGACAGCAAGAUUGAGGGCCAUGCUUACAAUCACAUUACCAGAACUCACGUCUGAUGUCCAAGUGACUCAAAUGAAGUCUGAUGGGACCCUUGAAGAAAGUGGUGAAGCAUGCCGUCUUCGAAAAUCACUAGAGGAAAUGGCAGAUGAAAGCAAGAGUGGAAACUUACUAACCGAAUGCGGGCUUCCGGGAACUUCACUUGUUGACAUCCCAGAAAAGUCAACAGAAAGUAAAUGGUCAUGGUCAGAGGUGAAGUUUUUAUCUAACAGCCUCCUUCUGGCUCUCAAUGCUAGUCUGGAACAUGCACUUCUGGGAUCACUUAUGAACACAGAUAGAUAUGCUGCUGCUGAAAGCUUUUAUAAGCUUGCAAUGGCAUUUGCUCCAGUGCCAGAUCUUCAUAUAAUGUGGUUAUUACAUCUUUGUGAUGCACAUCAGGAGAUGCAAUCAUGGGCUGAAGCUGCUCAAUGUGCAGUUGCUGUUGCUGGUGUUGUUAUGCAGGCUCUUGUGAGCAGAAAUGAUGGAGUCUGGAGCAACAACCAUGUGACUACACUCCGCAAAAUCUAUCCUUUGGUGAGCACAGAGAUCACAUCAGAAACCUCAGCAGCAGAAGUGGAAGGAUAUGGUGCAUCAAAACUAACAGUGGAUUCAGCUGUGAAAUACUUACAGCUGGCAAACAAACUUUUCUCACAAGCCGAACUCUAUCACUUCUGUGGAAGCAUUCUGGAACUUGUGAUUCCAGUUACGGACAGCUGGCAAAAUGCCACAGUAUGCUCACAAACAUCUACGAAUCAAUCCUUGAACAAGAAUCAAGCCCAAUCCCAUUCACAGACGCCACAUAUUACCGAGUUGGAUUUUACGGGGAUAAAUUUGGAAAACUUGAUAAAAAAGAAUAUGUCUACAGAGAGCCUCGUGAUGUUCGGUUAG